AUGAAUGAGACAGACAGCGCACUGUGCCCUAUAGGAGGAAGUAUCAUUCAUAUUUCGCUGUGUUCAUUGGUGAUACUCCUUGGUGUACCAGGCAACUGUCUCAUCAUCCGUGUGUAUUGGACCAAGUCACGCAAGACCAGCACUCACGUCUUGAUCAUGGGGCUGGCCUGGGCGGACCUCUUCGCUUGCUCACUUCUCAUACACGCCAUUGUCAGCAACUGUAUCUUUGGUAUUGGUGACACCCCGACGUCUCUUCGCAUCCUCCGUUACUUUCUACUGUCCUCGGUGAUUGUGUCGGUUCACAUGACUUCGCUCAUCGCCUUCGAUCGCUAUGACUGUGUGUGCCGGUCCAAGAGGCGAUUCUUCAACCAUCGACGGGCGGUCGUUGCUGUGUUGAUUGCCCCAAUCCAUUCCAUGGCAAUUUCCAGUAUCUACCUUGUGGUGCUGGUCAACCCUUCGAUUGUAGCGCCUUUGGUUCUGUGUGCAGUUCAGAUUAUUUUCUACACAACCGCUCUGGCUUUGAUAAUCGUGUGCUAUGGGACCGUGUAUCGUACCAUUCGGAACCAUGUCAAGUCAGGUAUAGGAGACGAACGAACCAACAACCGGCCAAGGCACACGACAUUACGACAAAGAAAGCUGGCGUUCGUCGAGAGAGAAUCUGACGAUAGAGUGAACUCCAUCUCCCUGCUAGCAGCAGCCGUUAAGCCAAAUGCUGACACCUGUGAGGUUCAGUCAGUGACAGAUAACAUUGAACAUAAACUGACUGAUGAUACCAGUUCGACUUCACCGGCUACCAUAAGAGCUAAACACAGCGGUUUCACCAGGUUAAAGAGGACAAAAUCUCUUCGAAGUAGGUCUGACUCUGGGGCGCCCUCUGCCUUUGGAAGUAAAAUCCCACCACCUGUCUCAACCUCGUCCAAUAAGGUCUUGCAAAGAAAGACGACCCGUAUGUUGUUGGUCACUAGUGUGGUGUUUCUGCUGUCCUGGGUGCCAUAUUGGGUCUACAUAGCGUCGAUAUUGGCCCGCAUUCAAGAAGUUGAGUUUUCUGAUGAAGCAAAUUAUGCGCUCGAAAAAUUCGCUUACAUCAAAUACCUCAACAGUGCUGUCAACCCGAUUAUUUACAGUUUAGCAAACAGGCGAUUUCGGAAAGACUGCAACGAUCUUUUUAAGAAAUACAGGUGUUGCUAA